AGUAGUAGUUUUAAAUGUAAGAAAUGGACAUUAUUUGGCGUGAGCAUAUUUUCGGUGGUAGCCACCUUGCUCGUAACGGCUAUUUAUGUAAUUCGAAUAGACAGCGUAGACACUACUAUCACUACUACCCAAUCACCUUUUAUUAGGACUAAUAGUGAUAGUCAUACGAAUGAAACUCAUUACAAUUCUGGCAAUCUGGGGAUCGGUAUGAUAAUCACCCUGGGCCUAAUCGGCAGUGCCCUGAACUCGAUUGGCUUAUUUGGCGCCUAUAAGGAACACUAUGGCCUAACCAUGGCGUUUGCCAUACUGGCCCUUUUGGGAACGUUAGGCAGUCUGGGGACUACCAUAAGAAACGGCUCUAGUGCUCCCGCAUUCAUACUGAACCUGGUGAUCACUGUGCUGGCGUUUUCAUUCGCUAACGAUUUGAACAAGAUCAAAUUGCAGCAAUUGCCUACGACAGUCAUGCCCGGUCAAUACCCGGCUGUAGUUACUAUUGUGGGACCUCCCGGUGCUGUAACUCCCGCUCCUCCACCCGAGUAUUCAGAGAAAGAAAAGAAAAAU